AACUCACGUUCAUCCACAGCAACGUGGUUCACCCCCGGCCUCGGCGCGUGCGGCGCCAACUCGCUCUCCACCGACUUCGUCGUCGCGCUCUCGCCGUCCGACUACGCCGCCGGCGCGCACUGCUUCACGCACAUCACCGUCAACUUCAACGGUGCCGCCACCGACGCCACCGUCUUCGACCUCUGCCCCGGCUGCGCGCCGGGCAGCAUCGACCUCUCCCCUGCCGCGUUUAGCGCGCUCGCGAGCCUCGGCGCGGGGCGCGUCAAGGUCGACUGGGCCUUCGCUUAA